AUGUGUCCCCCCCUAGGCACAGAACCAAUGACUCUGGGUUCCCCAACAUCGCAUAAACCCGGCCUGGGUGCCCAGUUCCUUCCUGGGUUUUUGAUGGGGGAUCUGCCAGCACCUGUCACACCCCAGCCUCGGUCAUUUGGGGUCAUGGAAAUGAGGUCACCAUUUCAAGCAGGUGGCUCUCCCCCCCAACCUGUAGUUCCUACACCUAAAGACAAGAGUGGGGCCCCUCCAGUCAGGAGUAUCUAUGAUGAUCUCUCCAGUCCUGCCAUCGGGAUGUCCCCUAUGGGUGCACAUAAACAGCCCUUCUCAAUGAUGCAAACCCCACUGUCUGGUUAUAUGGCUGUCACACCAGGAACAGCGUCCAGUCUAUUUAGUCCUGCUAGUACCGGUCAGCAGGCCAAGUCAACAAUGUCUCCAGCCCAAGUAGACCCUUUCUUCACUCAGGGAGAUGCACUGUCUUCUGAAGACCAUCUAGAUGAUACAUGGAUCACUGUAUUUGGGUUCCCUCCGGCCUCCGCGUCUUAUAUUCUGUUGCAGUUCGCCCAGUAUGGAAACAUAACGAAACACGUGAUGUCCAACACUGGUAACUGGAUGCACUUUCAAUAUCAGUCAAAACUACAAGCGAGAAAAGCUCUUAGUAAAGACGGGAAGAUUUUUGGCGAGGCUAUAAUGAUUGGUGUUAAACCAUGCAUCGAUAAGAAUGUGAUGGAGAGCUCAGACCGAGGCUCUACCUCCUCUGGCUCAGUGUUUACUCCUCCAGUCAGAAAUGGAACCCCCAGCCACCAUGUCACUACACCUCGCUCCUCAAUGAGGCCCCUCAGUGCAGCCUAUAAGGCCUGCAGCAGUGACUACCAGGUGGUAGCUGACAGACAGACUCCAAGGAAAGAUGACAGUUUGGUUUCCAAAGCGAUGGAGUACAUGUUUGGCUGGUGAGAUGGUCUCCAAUGGCUGAACGCUUCCUAUUUAGAACUCAAGACGGAAUGACCAACUGUCCAACUGGCCUUCUGUCAUUACGGAGUCAGUUGUCUGUAUCCCUAAUAGCACUCUAUUCGUUACGUACUGCAUUACGUUUUACCAGGGCCCUAGGGAUUAGGGUGCUAUUUGGGAUACAUCCAGUGUGUAACUGAUAUACUUAACCCUGUGACUUCUAUGCACUUUAUGUGGUGGACGGGAUUUGAAAUCAACCGGAUAUUUUGUGUAGGCGUUAAAGUGUUUUUAUUUUUGUGCCAAAGUCACGUUGCUAAAUUGACCAACAACACAGACUUAAACAAAGUAAAUUAUUUUUUUAUUGGUCUUGAUUUGAUAUGAAAUGAAUCACACAUAAUGAAUACUUGUGUUUGUACCAAAUGGCACCCUAUUCCCUAUGCAGUGCACUACUUUUGACAAGGGCCCAUAGUGGUCUGGUCAAAAUUAGUGUACUUUUUAAAAUGUUUGUAGGGUUCCAUUUGGGGGAUAUUUUACAGUAUCUGAAGUAAAGAGCUGCUUUGCCUAUUAGAGGUUAAGGUUGUACGUCAGUGUCUUACACCAUGAUGUUGAAAUGGGAGCGAGAUUGUGUGGUUCGCUAGAGAAUGUUAAUUAUGAAAGGCUCAUACUUUUCAGAAUUUUUGUUUAUUACGAUUUUUUUUUUUUUUAUGCUUUCAAACUUAUUAUUAUAAUUUUUGUUUUGUCUAGCUAUUUACAAUGAGCUGUUGACUUUUUCUACUGUAUCUCAGCUGACACUUACUGUUUUUAAAUAAAUGGUGCAUCCAUUUGAUCAUUUCUUCCUUCUCUUCCUCCAUCUUCCUUCCCUCUCUUCCUCCUUCUCCUCUACUCUCCUUCCUCCCUAUUCUCUUCCUCCUUCUCCUCUUCUCUCCUUCCUCCCUAUUCUCUUCCUCCUUCUCCUCUUCUCUCCUUCCUCCCUUCCCCAUCCAGCCGGAGUUUUCAUAGUCCUGAAUGAUGACUGUUUUUACUUUUACUUGAAGACUUCUGACUUUGUUUUGUUUACCUUCUGACUGUUCUCCCAGGUUUGCGUGUCGGUCUGUAAACUCUCAUGUCAUGUUCUAGUUUGUAUUCCAGUCGGACCAUCUUUAAAGAAAAGAUUGCUUCAUAUUGUAGACACCAGCUGGUGGCUAUUGCUCAUUUCCUUCCAACCCACUAGGUUCCUUAGACUUCAUCUGAACUACAAAUUCACAGCAACUGAAGUUAUUACAACAUCCACCACCUUCUUUUUUUACAACGUAGGUAGUUCCUGACUCCCAAAUGGCACAGUAUUCCCUGUUUUAGUGCACAAAUUUUGACCAGGAUCUAUAGGGCUCUGGUCAAAAGUAGUGCUCUUCGUUGGGAGUAGGGUACCAUUUGGGGGUGAAGCCAUGAUAUGCGUGUAAAGCUUCCACUUGUUUUGGUUCUAAAGUCUGUGUUGGAAGGUCAUGCAGGUGAGUCCCGAGGCGUGUUGUGUUUUUCUGUUUUCAAUCUGAGAUGUUGGAACUGACGCAGGUGUUGAAGGUGACACUGAUCUGUUGCUCUCUGGAGGCACUGGCUCACCCUACAUCCCUGCUUUUCUACCUCUGAGACUGAUUCAUCCUACCUUUUUUUUUUUUUUUUUACCCCUCCCUCUACCCCCCCCUCUCUCUCUCUCCCUCCCUCCACACCUCUCUCUCUCCCUUCCUCCACGCCACUCUCCCUCCCUCCACCCCCCCUCUCUCUCUCCUCUCCCUCCCUCCACCCCUCUGGAGACUGAUUCAGAGUGCCAGGUCCCUGUCCUGGUGAGUUGUUUUAGGGGUGCAAGGUACAGGACCUUGAAGGGAUGGAUGUCGUAGAGAGAAUUCAUCCUGAUCAGCUGCCUUGUAUUCUACCCUUCCCUCCUGGGGCUGAUGGUAAGCUAGAUGUCAUACCACCUGACUCAUGAUUCAAGGGAAACUAGCCACUAAUAUUUUCCAUGAAGCGUGCAGACUUUGUAACAAGCAUGUAAUGUAUCGGUGACCUUUUUGUGUUUUUCAUCACACGUGACGACUCGAGGUACAAUAGAAUAAAAAGCACAGUGUAAAAUAGGUGAAAGUUCAAAGAAUUAAAGUUAUGUCGCAGGAUCUACAAAGAAUAUAAUAGUGUGUAAGAUGUCAUGGUUACUGUCGCUGUGAUCUGGUUGUCUCUGUUGACUUCAACUGGGACUGAAUGUAUUCUACUGGCUGACACACAGGAUCUCUGACAUUCACAUGUAUGCAAAUGUCAAGGUCAACCAACAAAACCCUGAGUAAAAUGCUUCUAGGCCACGACUAGAUGGUGCUGUCGGACAGUAGAUUACUGUGAUGUCAUCUACAAGUGCUCACUAGAUGGAGAUAUUUCCAUUACGGAGCAUGAGAUCUGUGGCUGGAGCAAAACAAUUACCUCUGGACCUACAGCUUUAAUAUCAACAAGUCCAUUUCUACCUCAUGUGAAUAUGGCCUAUAUUUAGCAUACUCUUUAAAUAUAGCCUACACUAGCCUACACUGUAUUUAGCCUACACUGUAUUUAGCCUACUCAUUUACAUUUAGCCUAUACUGUAUUUAGCCUACACUGUAUUUAGCCUACUCAUGUAAAUUCAUCCUACACUAUUUAGCCUACUCAUUUAAAUUUCAGUUCACUCUCAAUGUAAGGACAUAUUGGAUUGAAGAAGUAGAAGCUAGACUCCACGCCUUCUGUGAUUUUAAAAUUAAUACAUUCAUAUCCAUCCA